AUGGGGUCCAUCGAAAUCAAAGAACAGCAAUACGAUGUCCUCAUCAUUGGCGCCGGUCUGUCCGGUAUCUGUGCACUUCACAACUUCCGAAAGCGCUUUCCAUCGUGGCGCGUAGGAGUUCUCGAGGCAGCCGAUAAUGUUGGAGGAACUUGGUACUGCAACCGCUACCCUGGAGCACGAGUCGAUACUGAGUCACUCUCAUACGCAUAUUCAUGGGACAGAGAUCUUUUGAACGAAUGGACCUGGAAGGAGUCCUUCUCCACCCAGUCAGACGUCCUCCGUUACAUUGAACACGUCUGCGACAAACACAAUCUCUAUAAAAGCAUUCAGCUCAAUACUCGAGUCAAAACGGCCGUUUGGCAGGAUAAGAACAACACUUGGCUGUUUCGCGACGAAGCCGGCACCCACCACCGGACCCGUUUCUUCGUCAGCUGCAUGGGUUUCCUAUCAACCCCGACCCUUCCUGCCAUUCCGGAUAUUGAACUGUUCCAAGGCCAAGCUUUCCACACCUCCCGUUGGCCUAAGGAAUUUGACAUGAGUCGUGAUCUGGCCAAUAAGCGAGUGGGUGUCAUCGGCACCGGCGCAACGGGAAUUCAAACAAUUACAGCGGUAUCAAAAGAACCGAGCAUCAAAUCAUUGAACGUUUUUCAACGCACGGCAAACUGGUCCGCACCUCUACGAAACGAGGUGAUUACCCCCGAGCAAAUGGAACAGCAUCGCAAGGAUUAUGAUACCCUUUUCCAACUCUGCGCUGAGACACCCAGCUGCUUCAUGCACCAGGCCGACCCGCGCAAGUCCCUAGAGGUUUCUGCAGAAGAGCGGCUAGAGCUUUGGGAGGAAAUCUAUGCAAAGCCCGGCUUUGCCAAAUGGCUCGGUACUUUCAGCGACACAUACAACAACCGCGAAGCAAACAAACUCUACUCAGACUUUAUGGCCAGCAAGAUCCGAGCUAGAAUAAAUGAUCCCGAAGUUGCUGAUAGUCUGAUUCCCAAAAAUCACGGCUUCGGCACACGACGAGUCCCUCUUGAAAGUGGGUACUUUGAAGCAUUUAACCAGCCCAAUGUGCACCUUGUUGAUCUUAAGAAAACGCCGAUUGAAAGGGUCACAAAGAGUGGCAUUAUUACCUCUGACGGGAAAGAGCAUGAAUUAGAUGUUUUGAUCUAUGCAACGGGCUUUGAUGCCAUUACCGGUGCUUUCAACUCCAUUGAUUGGACAGGGAAGGAUGGUCGACCUCUUCUUGGCUCUAGCAACACCAAGCAAGGUGAGCAAGCGAUUUGGGUUGAUCACCGCCCUCGUACAUACUUGGGUAUGACAGCCUGCUCUAUGCCCAAUAUGUUCAUGGUUCUGGGUCCCCAUCAACCAUUUGGCAACGCUCCCCGGACUAUCGAGCACGCCGUGGAGGUUAUCUCGGAUCUCCUACAACACUGCAAAGAAAAAAACUACUCGUAUGUAGAGCCAACUGGAGAAGCUGUGGAUGCGUGGACGGAUCAUGUUGUUGAAAGCAGCAAAGGUGCUCUGUCAAACGAAAUCGAUAGCUGGAUGACCGGUGUUAAUACGAAUGUGAAGGGCAAGACUGUUCGAAGUGUUGCUAGGUAUGCUGGUAGUGCAGUGGAGUAUCGCCGCAGAUGCGCUGAAUCUAGGGCAGCUGGUUGGAAAGGUCUGGCAUUUGCUCAACUCUCGAGUUCCAAGCUUUGA